GCCCAGCCUCUACGGAAAUGACGUGUCCAGACUUCCGCUGUUGUCAAGGGCAUUGAAAACCAACGUUAGCUAAAUUUAGCUGUAGCAGCUCACACGUGUAUUUUAAAGAAGACCAAUAAAGCCACGGGUGUAGGUAACGACUCCGGUAGAAAAUGGACGGGUUUAGUUCGGACUUCUCAGCAGGAGGAUCAGGCGGUAAAGUGGACACCGGCACCAUCAUGGAGCAGGUCAAGGUCCAGAUCGCGGUGGCUAAUGCUCAGGAGCUGUUACAGAGAAUGACAGACAAAUGCUUCAAGAAGUGUAUAGGUAAACCUGGAAGCACGUUGGACAACUCUGAGCAGAAAUGUAUUGCCAUGUGUAUGGACCGAUAUAUGGAUGCCUGGAACGCAGUAUCCCGAACAUACAAUUCCAGAUUACAGAAGGAAAGGGCUCGCAUGUGAACAUCUCGCUCUUCACCUUUCCCUUCCUCAGGCUGCUGCAUACAGUCAGGAGGGGCACGGCACACAGGUGGAGGUCAUGAGCUGUGCAGAGGUGUGCCACAGUGUCAGCACGUCAUCUUCUGUCAUAAUACCUCACAGACAGGCAUGCAGAGCCUGUGGACUCUACCUAUAACAGUAUGUCUGUUGACAUUCUACUUUGCUCUAAGGAGUCCAGUAAAAAUGUUUGUAUUUUUUAUGUUAUAAAUAAUUUUCAGGUUAACAAAUGAGCACGUAUUGUUAAAAGCUUACAACAUAGGUAGAUAAGUUGAAAAAUUGCCCUUGCACAUGUCAGCCUUGUGUAUUUCAUAGGGUGUUAUCCAGCUUUUGCAUGCAUGCUGGGAUAUGUUCUACCCCUCAGUGCUCUUGAAUAAGAUAAAGAUUUUAGAAAAUAAAUGUACUGAUGCAGUCAUGAAGUAACAUCCUCCAGCACCAUGGCCCACGUAGUAAUUAUUUAACAGUGUGUUUACCGUAGUGUGGCUUCAGUCGAAACACUUCAAUCUACCUGACAUAAAACCGGUGAGAGAAAACUGGGGGACAACGCAGACAUUUCUUAACAUGCUUUUUACUCUUAAAGAUCAACUUAAAAUCAACAGGAAGAACUGAGGAGCAUCUUGUCGGUUUCACAACUGUGGACCUGGCAUUCACAAGCCUCCAAACAGUCCUAUAUCGAAGUACACCUGGAGAACAAAACUGUUUUGUUUGACCUGUUUUCUGGUUGUCACUAUCUGCUGCCUUCCAUACAGUAGUGAGUUUGUUAGCGCAGCAGCAUUUCUUUGCUAUAGAUGGGUUACUGAACCUUAUCUCGGCAUUGU